AGGCAGAGCUGCUGCAGUUGGCCCUGCUGUCGUUAGAGCUGCUGUGGGCGGAGCAGCUGCUGUGGUUGGAGCUGCUGUGGGCAGAGGUGGAGCUGCUGUGGGCGGAGCAGCUGCUGUGGUUGGAGCUGCUGUGGGCGGAGCAGCUGCUGUGGGCGGAGCUGCUGUGGGCAGAGGUGGAGCUGCUGCGGGCGGAGCUGCUGUGGGCGGAGCUGCUGCUGCUGCAGGUGGAGUUGCUGUGGGCGGAGCUGCUGCUGCUGCAGGUGGAGCUGC